AAACAAAAAUAAAAUGGAUGACCACAGAAACUCUAGCUUUCUUCGCCAGUCCCACCACCCACGAUGGCAACAGUCUAGUGCUGGAAAGAGACGACAAAAACAAAGCUCAAAGCAAAAAGCAAAAAAUCCUGAUGGCUCAUUGUGUCCUGUGUCCUCGACCCCAGUGCUACGCAGCCGCAGCUGGUGGGGCAACUGUUUUCUCCUCCCUCUGGUCAUGCUAUCAUACUUGCCCUGUGAGGCCUGGGGCACCACCUUCAAAAUCGCCAUUGUAGGGCCGUGGGCAUGUGACCCCAUGUACUCCAAAGCCCUGCCAGAUCUGGCUGCACGGUUAGCCAUGAGCCGAAUAAACAAAGACCCCGACCUCAACAAAGGCUACUGGUAUGAUUACACACUAAUUAAUGAGGAUUGCUCCAGCUCGAAAGCCCUGGCGCGCUUUGCCGAGCUGGAGGGCUACGGUUCAGCCUUUCUUGGACCAGCAAACCCUGGCUACUGCACUGCUGCUGCACUGCUGGCAAAGAAUUGGAACAAGGGCAUCCUGUCCUGGGCUUGUCUGAAGGCUGACAUGAAUGAGGGAAUGUAUUCCACCUUCCUGCGGCCGCUCCCGUUGUCUUCUCGUGUGCUCUUCUCUGUGCUGCGCUUUUUCCGGUGGGCACAUGUUGGGAUUAUAACAGCAGAGAACGACAUGUGGGAAGCAACUGGGCAUGAACUGGCAGCUUCCCUGCGUACCCUUGGUCUGCCAGUUGGUGUGGUUGUUACCAUGGAAAUGGACAAGGAAGGGCCACGGCGAGCCUUAAAGACAAUACGGGAGACCGAUCGAGUGAGGGUUGUCAUCAUGUGCAUGCACUCUGUUCUGAUUGGUGGAGAGAAACAGUAUCAGUUGCUAACCACAGCAAUGGACAUGAGAAUGAUUGACCGAGGGUACAUCUUCAUUCCAUAUGACACCCUCCUGUAUUCACUGCCAUAUAAAAAUGUGAACUAUCCAAUCCUGGCCAAUGACACCAAACUGCGACGAGCAUAUGAUGGGGUCCUGACAAUAACCAUGGACCAAGGGGAACAAAACUUCUAUGAGGCCUUUAGUGCAGCGCAGGAAUCCUAUGACAUACGUACCAGCACACCACCUGAAGAGGUUUCUCCAUUCUUUGGGACCAUCUAUAACAUGCUCUAUUAUGCAGCCAAGGCUGCAGAGCAGAGCCGAGUUGCGAGUGGAGGGCGCUGGGUAUCAGGAGAUACAUUGGUUAAAAAUGAGGGCGGAUUUGAAUUCAAUGGCUUUAACCAGCGGAUAUCGGCAGGUACCGAUGGAGAAGGAAUGCAGGCCCGUUACGCUGUCCUGGAUUCAGAUGGCUCUGGGUCCAGCCUACACCGCACGCAUGCCCUGGAAGCAUCGCACACAUAUGGGAAAUAUGGAGGGUUGAAGUACCUGGGGAAAUCGAUUCAUUUUGCUGGAGCGUCUCCGAGCACUGACUCAAACUGUUGGUUCAGUCCUUAUGUCACUUGUAGUGGAGGCUUGGAUGGAGUGACCAUUUUCCUCCUCUUUCUCUUGUUCUGUAUGUUUAUAAGUGGAGCAAGUGUAUUAUUUUUCCAUAUAAGGAAACACGGGCUAGGGAUAUUAGGAGCAUUCAGUGGAGGAGGAAUUGGAAGCCCCACUAAGAUAAUACUGACACUGGAUGACUUGGUCUUCAUCAACACCACACUCAGCAGGAGGAAGCUUAAUGAGGAGAGUAUGGUGAAGAGUCAACUAGAUGUUAAAACCCCUCACCACUCAGUUUCAGGACGCAGUUACAUUACGUCAACUCCUGAAACAUCCAACGUUGCUGUUUUUGAGGGUGACUGGGUCUGGCUGAAGAAAUGCCCCUGUGAAGAUUCUGUUUCAGAAAUCAGUGAGAGCACUCAGGCCAUCUUUAUCAAGCUGAGAGACAUGCGUCAUGAGAAUCUGAACCUGUUUCUGGGUCUGUUCUUGGACACUGGCAUAUUUGGCAUUGUUACGGAGCAUUGCACCAGAGGCAGCCUGGAAGACCUGCUCAACAACGAGGAAAUGAGACUGGACUGGAUGUUCAAAUCCUCUCUUCUCCUUGACCUGAUCAGGGGAAUGAAGUACUUGCAUAAUCGUGAGAUUAUUCAUGGACGCCUUAAGUCAAGGAACUGUGUGGUAGAUGGUCGGUUUGUUCUGAAGGUUACGGAUUACGGCUUCAGUGAAAUCAUCAACUGUCAAAAUAUCAUCCUGGAGGACACCAAACCAGAGGAUCAAUUCUGGACUGCUCCAGAGAUCCUGCGGGAUCCUAAACUGAAGAAGAAGGGGACAUAUGCAGCAGAUGUAUACAGCUUUGCUAUUAUCAUGCAGGAGGUUAUCUCACGCUGUGCACCCUUCUGCAUGUUGGAUAUGCCUCCUGAAGAAAUCAUAGAGAAGGUGCGCUCUCCUCCACCACUGUGCCGACCCACUGUGUCUGUGGAUGAAGCGCCGCUGGAGGUGAUUCAGAUCAUGAAGCAGGCCUGGAGUGAGGAGACUGACAAGAGACCCACGUUUGAGGAGAUCUUCAAACAGUUUAAGAAUGUGAACAAGGGGAAGAAGACAAAUAUAAUUGACUCAAUGUUAAGGAUGCUGGAGCAGUACUCCUCAAACCUGGAGGAUCUGAUCCGAGAGAGGACUGAAGAACUAGAGGUAGAGCGUCAGAAAACGGAUGCUCUUCUAGCCCAGAUGCUGCCUAAAUCUGUGGCCUUGGCAUUAAAGACAGGGAAGCCAGUGAAGCCGGAGCACUUUUCAGAAGUCACGCUGUAUUUCAGUGAUAUUGUGGGUUUUACCACCAUCUCUGCUCUGAGUGAACCUAUCGAAGUGGUCGAUCUGCUAAAUGACCUCUACACACAUUUUGAUGGAAUCAUUGCGAUCCACGAUGUCUACAAGGUAGAGACUAUUGGUGAUGCAUACAUGGUGGCAUCAGGGGUUCCAAACCGUAACGGCAACCGUCACGCCGCAGAGAUGGCCAACAUGUCUCUGGACAUUCUGCACUGCAUUGGAACAUUUAAAAUGAGGCACAUGCCUGACGUCAAAGUCAAAAUCCGCAUUGGACUCCAUUCUGGUCCAGUGGUAGCAGGUGUAGUUGGGUUGAAGAUGCCUCGGUACUGUCUGUUCGGAGACACAGUAAACACAGCCUCCCGAAUGGAAUCCACAGGGUUGCCUUACAGAAUUCAUGUCAACCAGAGUACUGUUGAUGUCCUGAACAGCCUCAAACUUGGCUACAAAAUAGAUAGUAGGGGCAGGACAGAGCUCAAGGGUAAAGGUGUAGAGGAAACAUACUGGUUGGUUGGGAGAGAUGGAUUCAACAAGCCGCUACCUGUACCACCAGACCUUACUCCUGGGGCGAGCAACCACGGUAUCAGCUUGGAUGAGAUUCCGACUGACAGGCGGCAGAAAUUCUUGGAUCGACAGAAGAAGAUGGGUAAUUGA